UCUGAGAAGUACAUAGGGGCAUAGUUUCAUUUAUAACGAUAAAUGUCCAGUUUCUGUAGUUUUACAACAGCUGGAGGCGCAUUGGUUGAGAAACAAUGCUGUAACAGUCAUUUAGCAUCAUGAACAAGGAAACGUCCAUAAGACACAGCCCGGAACCUAGAGUAGGCGCUUCUGUUCCCGGACGGUGCUGUUUGCUGUUACCCUCCACCAAAACAAAGACGAUCCCUGAUUGGCGGAGAGGCCGAACUGUGCUGCCGCUGGGGAUGGCGGGCGAGCGGCGGGUCGUUGCCUGGAUCAGUAAGGCAGAAUGGGAGCAGGUGCUGGAGUAUCUGUACAGCCGGGACUGCAAGCUCCAGCGGGAAGCGCUGCAUCAGAUCUCCGCCUGGAAGAGCAGGUAUGGAAACAGCAUGCCACUUGCUGUAGAGUGCACUGCUGACCUGGUGCGAUGUAAAAUCCUUGAUGUUAGCGGUGGGAUGGGAGAACAGGAGCUGGAGUUACUCUAUGGAUUGGCACUUGUCAGGUUUGUAAAUAUAAUCACAGAACCGAAACAGAAAUCUAUUUCGGUCCCCUUAAGGCGCCUGGCUAAUGAGCUUAAGAUUCCAGAAUGGGUGGUUAACCUGCGUCAUAGCGCAACUCAUGGAAAGUUGCCCAAACUAAGCCUCUGCCGCAAAGGUUGGGACUUUGUGAUGGAUUGGCUGAGACGUGAAUAUUGGUCCCGUCAGCUGGGGAACUCCGCAAAUCCCCAGUGGAUGUCUGAAGAUAGCCUUGAUUCUGAAGAAAAUGAAGACUUUCUUCCCACUUUGUCUUUAAAAGAACAGAAGCAACAUGCUCUCACUGCAAAACUUCGGGAGACUUUACAAUCCUACACAAGUGAGCAGUUCAAGACUUUUGAAGAACUACAGGGUGAGCCUACAUGUCGAAAACUAUGGAAUGCCACAACUAAUCUAGAGUGGAUUAUAGCACAAGUCAAGGAGUUAGUGCAGCAGAACAGCAUACAGAUUGCAGUAGAUGUUCUCCUUGAAGAUGGUUUCCUUAUACCUACUGGGAAACAGCUAUCGACCCUGAAGACAGAGCCAGAUCAAGAUGAAGACCUUCGCCUCCCCCGCACCCUCCUACGUUUCUGGCAGCCGCUACUAAAGGUUUUACACUCCCAGGCGUUCACUCAGGAGUUACUGGAGAAAAUGUGUAGUGGCCUAGGGAAGUCCAAGGAGAAGAACAUGAAGACACGACAAUACUACCUCAGCUGCUGGAUCUCAGAAAUAUUAACAGCCAACUAUAGAGCAGAUAAGAAAAACAUGGUUGGUUCUCGUAACCCAACACCUGUGAAAAGCAAAUUGAAGCUGUUUACUCACAGUGUUUCCUUGCAAUGGAAAAACCUGAUGCAGAAGUGCCUUCAAUUUCCCUGCCAGACUACCCCACAACUUUUACAGCUGAUUUUUUCAAAUAUGAAGACACUCUUGCCUGUCACCACCCAGGAGAAGCUGCUGUGUCUGUGCUCUAUAUACAUCCAAGAUGAAGGCUCUGAUGGCUCUGUAGACUAUAGUGACCAGCCUAUUUACACCGUGGAGAGCUUACAGUGGAGAAUAAAGCAGGAUUCUAAAACAAGAUCCCUUAGACACUGGGAAAGAUCACAAGCCGACGAGGAGGAAGAGAUGAGUGAACACACGGAGGAUGAGGAGAUGAUCACAGAGUCUUACGAAGAUGAAUACAUUCAGAUGAUAAAUAGGAAGGCUGCGAAAGAGAGAAGAGCAGCUCUAGAGGGCUCUGUCUGGGGAGUCAGCUCAGAACUUGUAAAGUGGGGCGAGUAUCCACUAGGAGUAGUACCAGGACAGACUGAAGACCCUGGCUGCCUCUUGAUUGACAGUUACUCUAUGACGUCUGUGCUGGAACAGCAGGACUCGGAGUCUCGAAGUAUCAAAAUAAGUAACUCCCCUACUAUCACCACUGCGGCCGACAAUACGUAUUGGAACCAGAGUGAACUAAAUCACAUUAAAGCUGGACUGCGGCUCUUCUGAAGACCUGUAUGCACCUGUACAGAACCAGUCACGUUGGACUUGGCAAGGAUUGUCUUGCGGUUACAGCAGGACAUUUAUUUUUUCCCCAGUCUCCUUUUUAAUAUUUACUUUGUAUGUUCAGUUCUUUCCCACUCUCUAUCAGAGCUCUUCAUCUUUAAACCUUUAUUUUAGAACAGAUCAAGUGGGGUGCAUAUUUUUAUAAUGCAAAUUCUAGAUACAGGAGGUGUACAAAUGUUAAACCCCUUACUGUUGUUUUUUUUUUUUUUUAUAUGAUUCUUUCACAUGGUACGAAGGCCCCGUUCACACUGAGGAAUUCUCCCUUAAAAAAUCCCGCCGCAGAAUUUCCGGGUUUCUUUUCCAUGCGGAAUUGAUGCAGAAAUAUAGGAGGAAACUUUUUUUUUGCUGGAUGACAACCACCAAUGAAAAAAAAAUUUGCGCAAAAUUUUCGUGUGAAUUCUUCACAAAAACAGUGUCAGACGGAAAACAUUUUUACAAUUGAGUUCUAUGGGAUUCUGCUUGUGGAUUCUGCUUGAAGAAUGGACCUGCUCUUUCUUCAAGCGGUGAGGAAUUCCGCCACAGAAUUCUGCGAGCAGAAUUUCCGCAGUGUGAACGAAAAAGAGCAAUAUACAUUAAGGUCUAUGGGAAGAAAAGAUGUUAUAUUUUUUUCAAGCAGAGAAUUCAUGAGGAAUUACUCGAGUAAAUUCCUUGUGAAUUUCUCAUUGUGAACGGACCCUAAAGAGGAAAAAAAUCAUAUCAACUGGUGCCAGAAAGUUAUAUGGAUUUGAAAAUGAUUUCUGUUUAAAAUAUUAUGCCUUCUAUGGUAUCAAUCUAAGGAAGUGGUGAAUGCAUCCUGCUAUGCACUUUUAUUUUACUUAACAAUAAACUAUCUACUGAAUAUACCCACUUUUAUUCUGGUUUGGAUAAUUUUCAAACCCUGGGCGACGAACAGCGCCUGAUCAAGAGGUCGUCUUCUUCCUUCAUUAUUUUCUAGGUACUGACCAGAACAGGAGCAUAUCCCCAUAGCAAACUUCUCCUACUCAGGACAGUUCCUGACCUGGACAGAGGUGUCAGCAGAGAGCACUGUGGUCAGACAGAAAAGAACGAUACAACUUCUUCUGUAGUACUCAGCAGCUGAUAAGUACUGGAAGGAUUAAGAUUUUUAAAUAGAAGUCAUUUACAAAUUUGUUUAACUUUCUGGCACCAGUUGUUUUGAAAACAUGUUUUUCCUCCGGCGUACCCCUUUUAAGUGUGUUGUUUUUUUGUUUGUUUUUUGCGUAAGGCUAUAUUUGACUUCUGUUACAACAUCAAAUUAAAUGUUUUACAACCAUGGAA